AUGCACACGCCGGAUUACGCGGGCCUGGGCAACGCGGGCGCGGUUGACAUCAUGGACAUAUGUGAAUCCAUCCUAGAGAGGAAGCGGCAUGAUAGCGAGCAGUCUACCUGCAGCAUCUUAGAGCAGACAGACAUCGAAGCUGUUGAAGCUCUUGUUUGCAUGAGCUCCUGGGGUCAAAGAUCCCAGAAAGGUGAACUAUUAAAGAUAAGACCCCUCACACCUGUCUCUGACUCUGGAGAUGUCACUACUGUUGUGCAUGUGGACGCAGCUGCACUUGAUCUACCAAAGGACUUCCAUUCUUUAUCAACUUUGUGCAUGACUCCUCCACAGAGCCCGGAUCUUAUGGAACCAUUAACAGGGACACCUGUUCCUUCCCAAGUAACUAAUUCCAAAGCACUCAUGGUCACGGCCAUCAGUCCUGCAUCGGCAGUCAAAGUGCUGAGCGGCAAGACGGAGAGUGGACUGCCUGGGUCAAAGCCAGAGAUGCUGGAUCCAGCCCCUGGCCCACCCUGCCGAGCCAUGGUAACAAGCGUGAUCCGCCACACAAGGGAGAGUCCUGCUCCUGCCCACAUUCCUGUGGCCCAUAUUCAAGAACAAGGACUUUCAGACAGCAGAGAAGCACAAUUUUUGAGACAUUGUGAGGCUUUGCAGGACACACACCUCACCAAUAGUUUACUCAACACUAACUCGCUGUCCUGUCAGCCUUGCUUGCACAGCUCUGGUGGUCUGAUCCCCACCAAUAAAGGCCAGCAGGCAAGGUGGCCUGUUGCAGUUCAAAACUGCUCACCAAAGAAUUAUGAAAAUAACUUGCCAAGGAAAACCACCCCUCUGAUUUCUGUCCCUGUCUCCAGUCCCCCUGUGCUUUGCCAAAUGAUCCCCAUGACUGGACACUGUGGUAUGAUAUCAGCUUUUUUGAAGUCUCCUACUCAAGUGUCUGCAGGAACUGUCAAACCCAUUUUAUCCCACACUGCUCCUGUCGCCCAGCCUGUGUUUAUGGGAUCAUCUGUGCCUCAGGGAACUGUGAUGCUGGUCCUCUCCCAAGGUCCCCUCCCCACUCCUCCCACCAGCUCAUCUAGUGUAAUGGCUAUUGGGAAUACCAAGUUACUGCCUCUUGCCCCUGCUCCAGUUUUCAUUGCAUCCAGCCAGAACUGUGCCCCUCAGGUAGACUUUUCCCGAAGGAGGAACUAUGUUUGCAACUUCCCAGGCUGCCGGAAAACAUACUUCAAAAGUUCCCACCUCAAGGCUCAUCUUCGCACUCACACAGGGGAGAAGCCUUUCAAUUGCAGCUGGGAUGGCUGUGAUAAAAAGUUUGCUCGUUCAGAUGAACUUUCUCGCCACCGUAGAACUCACACAGGGGAGAAGAAGUUUGUGUGUCCGGUGUGUGAUCGGCGUUUCAUGCGCAGUGACCACUUAACAAAGCAUGCCCGACGUCACAUGACUACUAAGAAGAUCCCUGGCUGGCAGGCAGAGGUUGGCAAACUGAACAGAAUUGCCUCAGCAGAAAAACCUGGGAGCCCACUAGGGACCAUGCCAGCCUCUGCCUGA